AUGGAUGUACUUCGGAGGAGAGUUGUUCAAGAGGACGCUGUCCAGUACAAACUCUUCUUGACCGAGCCGGUCAGUUCCACGGACAUCGAAGAUCACCUCUCUUGUCUCGUGGAGGAAAUUCUUGCAAAAAUAGCGCCUCUUUCCAUGCAGUACAUUUGGCAGAAACAGCCAUUCAACAUCAAAUAUUAUCCAGAAAAAGGGGGAGUUCCGGCUCAUAUUGGUGGCAGCACCCAGUUUGGUGACAAUGUGGAGGAUGAGUGGUUUAUUGUUUACCUUCUAAAGCAUAUUACUGAGGCUUUUCCAGGGCUUGUUGCAAGAGUUGAGGACAAUGAUGGUGAAUUCCUUCUAAUUGAAGUAGCAGAUCAUCUCCCCAAAUGGCUGAAUCCAGACACCAGUGAGAACAGGGUGUUCAUCUACCGUGGCGUUUUGCAUCUCCUGCCCUGUCCUUCACGAUCCAAUCCCACAGGAAUCCCGAAGGAUGUGGUACCGAGCAUUCAACAGGCUAUAACGCUACUCUCCUCCCAGCCGGGAGCAUGCCGGGCAAGCUCCAAGAUUACCUCGGCCCUGGAUAAAAUGCUGGAUGGGUAUCUGGAGAAGAUUGGAGCCAGUCUCCACCAUGCCCACUGCUUCAUACCAGCAGGGGUGGCAAUGGUUUUAGCGCAGCGGCCCGACCUGGUGGCACCUGCCGUGUCAGCCUUUUACCUGCGUGACCCCAUAGACCUUCAGGCGUGCCGAGAUUUCAAGAACUUCCCUCCUGACACGCGGGUCUUAACCUCUGUGACAUUCACUCGGUGCUUGUACGCUCAGCUGCAGCAGCAGCAGUUCAUCCCAGACAAAAGGAGCGGCUUCACCAUGCCUCUACGCUCGGACCCACGGUACAAAUCGCACGAGCUUGGCAUGAAGCUGGCUCAUGGUUUCGAGAUCCUGUGUUCCAAAUGUAAAAUGCCCUCGUCAGAAGAUGACUCUUUGGUCAGUUGUAACCCUCAGUGGAAACGGUUCUUGCAAAGUCUGAAGAGCAACGGUUACUUUAGGGAAGAGAUUGAGGGAUCGGCACAUUACAGAGAGCUGAUGACUUCAGCAGAAAACUUUUUCAAACAGUCGGUCGCCUCAACAAUCAGUGACGUGCCUCCCGGGGAGGAGGUUCUCCAACUGCUGAGCUCCUGUGGGCCCAUUAAUAUGGAUGAGCUGAGGAAACAAGAGGCACAGCUCCCCCAAGAGGACAAUGACAACUGGCUUGACAUCACCGCUCAGGAUCUGGAGCGCAUGCUUGAGGAAAGAUCCGGAUCAGCUCCAGACAUUAUAACUAUCAAACACCCUCAGACCGUCAGGCCUGCGGAGGAAGCUGCUGGGUGUACGUUGACGGAGGAUAGCGAGAAAGUAGAGGAAGCUGCUUGCAGUCUUGCGGGGGUCAGUGAGAAAAUGAAGGAGUUCCUCAAUACCAAGUCAUCCUACAUGGGGGCAGAGUUGCCGUGGAACUGUUCAAGCAAUAAUCCUUUCACCUAUGAUACAGCAACACUUAUAAGUGAACUGGAACGAAUAUUAGACACAAAUGAGGAAGAUUCACUCGAUUCAGAUGAUAUUUGUGAAGAUGAGUGGGAAGAGGUUGGGGAUGACGAUGAUGAUGAGAUAGAAGAGGAAUCUUCUGCUCACAUGAAGAUGAAUGGGAUGGAGGCUUUGGACACUCUGAAAGGAUACAUGGACCAGAUGGACCAGGAGCUGACGAACACAAAUAUCGGACAGAGCUUCAAUCAGAUGACAUCGUCAUCCGUCUGUCCACCGGGCAAAGAGGGCUCACCGAGCCCAGCCACAGCAGCCGGGGAUGCGGACCAGAUUCAGCCUCUUGACGUCGACCUCAACCUGGUCACCAAUCUAUUGGAGUCUCUCAGUUCCCAAGAAGGCCUGGCUGGACCUGCCUCCAAUUUGUUGCAGAGUAUAGGAAUACACCUCCCUCUAAACUCGGAUCGCUCCUAG